AUGGACCGGCGUGACUUCCUCAGGGCUGCCCGGGAUGGGGAUGUAGAGAAAGUCCGGAGGGGGCUGGAGGAAGGACUGGACGUCAAUACAAGGGAUUAUAAUGGAAGGACAGGUGUGCAUUACGCGUGUGCAGGAGGUCAUGACAAGGUUGUGGAGCUACUCAUCAAGAACGGAGCUGACGUCAAUAUGACUGACAAGGACGGAUACACAGGUCUGUAUGUAGCGUGUUGGGGAGGUCAUGACAAGGUUGUGGAGCUGCUCAUCAAGAACGGAGCUGAUCUCAAUGUGCCUAACGUGAGAGGAAGCACAUGUCUGCAUGGAGCGUGUAGAGGGGGUCAUUACAAGGUUGUGGAGAUGCUCAUCAAGAACGGAAAUGAUCCCAAUGUGCCUAACGAGGUAGGAACGUAA